AUGGCGGCCGAACCCAUGCUGAAUCAACAUCUGGCGAAACAAGAUUUAGAAAAUCUCGAUGCAUCCAAAUUGAACCCAUUGUCACCGGAGGUGAUAAGUCGACAAGCAACAAUAAAUAUAGGAACCAUUGGCCAUGUAGCCCACGGUAAGUCCACUGUGGUCAAGGCCAUCUCCGGGGUCCAGACUGUCCGCUUCAAGAAUGAGCUGAUCAGAAAUAUCACCAUCAAACUGGGAUACGCCAACGCAAAGAUCUACAAGUGUGACAAUCACGCGUGCCCUCGUCCCGGCUGCUACCGAUCAGCCGGCAGUAACAAGGAAGACGUCUUCCCCUGCGACAGAACGGGCUGCAGUGGCAAAUUCAGACUCUUAAGGCACGUUUCCUUCGUGGACUGCCCAGGUCACGACAUUCUUAUGGCCACCAUGUUGAACGGUGCCGCUGUGAUGGACGCUGCCUUACUACUCAUUGCCGGUAAUGAGUCCUGCCCCCAGCCCCAGACCUCAGAGCACUUGGCCGCCAUCGAGAUCAUGAAGCUGAAGCACAUCCUGAUCCUGCAGAAUAAGAUUGACCUGGUGAAGGAGGCACAGGCUAGGGAGCAGUAUGAUCAGAUCCUCCGAUUCGUCCAAGGGACCGUUGCGGAGGGAGCGCCAGUUGUCCCCAUCUCGGCUCAGCUCAAGUACAACAUUGAAGUCAUCUGUGAAUACAUCACCAAGAAAAUCCCCAUCCCUGUCAGGGACUUCACCUCAGAACCAAGACUUAUCGUGAUUCGAUCCUUUGACGUCAACAAACCAGGAAGUGAAGUCAAAGACCUAAAAGGAGGCGUGGCUGGAGGCAGCAUAUUAAGGGGGGUGCUGCGGGUGGGCCAAGAGAUUGAGGUCCGUCCCGGCAUCGUGUCCAAAGACAGCGAGGGCAAGCUGCAGUGCAGACCCAUCUUCUCCAAGAUUAUCUCGCUCUUUGCUGAGAAGAAUGACCUCCAGUAUGCCGUCCCCGGCGGGCUCAUUGGUGUGGGUACCAAGAUUGACCCGACCCUCUGCCGAGCCGAUCGUCUCGUGGGCCAGGUCUUGGGAGCUGUCGGAGCUCUACCGGACAUCUAUACAGAGCUGGAAAUCUCCUACUUCCUCCUGAGACGUCUGCUGGGAGUACGGACCGAGGGAGACAAGAAAGGUGCUAAGGUGCAAAAGCUGAGCAAAGGGGAGGCCCUCAUGGUCAACAUUGGCUCUCUGUCCACUGGUAGCCGUGUCCUAGCGGUCAGGGCCGAUUUGGCUAAGAUCGUACUGACCAAUCCCGUCUGCACGGAGAUCGGUGAGAAGAUUGCACUCAGCAGACGUGUCGAGAAACACUGGAGAUUGAUUGGCUGGGGACAAAUCCGUAAGGGGAUCACAAUCAAGCCGACGGAAUCAUGAGAUGCUGCCACGUAGGUCCACACUUAAUCCUCAUUGCCCCCUAGAUUGCUCAUACAUCGUCGCCAUCUUGGUCUUGCACCCAGAAGUGUACUAUUAAAAUAGACUGACAAAUUCGUCAUCAUGUCAAAUGCACCAGCCUAUGUCUGGAAUUGCAUCUGAAGUACAGCGAUGGCUACAACGUUUAAAGAAUUAUUGAUUAAAGGGAAAAUACAACAUUUGCAAACAUUGAAGAAUAAAACUACCACGUUUUUACGAAAUACCUUACUAGAAUGUUGGUAAAUGAC